AUGAUGUUGCCGCCGAGCUGCAACUACGUGUACGAGACGAUGCUCGAGAACGAGGCCAACGUCAACAACGCGCUGAAGUACUAUCUGAGCAUCGGCAGCCGCUCGGCGGACGCUGUCGUUGCUGCUGGGCUAGCUGACCGGAACGAUACAGUGCUUGUUGCAGCUACAGGAUACGGAAAAAGUGCUGUACUCUACGCCUUCUCAGCGAUUACGAAGCUCACUACGAUACAAAUCGUACCUCUCACGAAGCUGGGCAAGAAUCAGCGCGAUGACAUCGCCCGGGCUGUCGCUUCUUCGAAGCCUGUGUGGAUUGACAGUAAUACAUUCCUCAAGAACCCUAACGUUUGGAAUGAAGUCAAAGCUGGCGAAUACAUUCAUAUGCUUCUAAGCCCCGAACAAGCUAUAAACCCGAAGUUUAAAGCGGUCCUUCGUGAUCCUGACUUCCACAGCAAGCUUGGACUCUUCGCCAUAGACGAACUUCACAUGAUUAACGAAUGGAGAGAGUUCCGGGAGGAAUUUACACACAUAUACACGUUGAGGGCGUUGAUGCCAAGGAGGAUUCCGUUCUUUGGCUCCAAAGUCAUACGCCGGUAUGAUGCAGAUGUGAGCCCUACCGACCAAGAGAUUAUGUUCAAAGACUUCCCGAAUAGAGAUACCGACCGCCGUAUUGUCCUCGCCUCUGUAUCCCUAGGUAUGGGGAUGGACAUACCCGAUGUUGAGCGCGUUAUUCAGUUCGGCAUUCCACCGGGCCAAAGCCUUUCAGAUAUUUGGCAGCGUUUUAGAAGAGCAAUGCGAAAGUGUGAAGGUCAGGGGGAGGCAAUUUUAUUUGCGCCGUACUACCUAUUUGAUCAGCUUGGAACCCUCAAUAAACCACUCCCGAAGCCGAGAGGAAGAGGCCGUCGUCAGCCUCACAUACCGGCUAUACCUAGUCGUCUUCAGAACCAACUACAGCUUAUUGAACGGGAUGACGAUGCCAUGAGCGAGGCCGGCAGUGAGGCAUCUGUUACUUCGCAGGCUAGUGAUGUCUCUCAAGCUGUUAUUCCUGAGCCAGUCGAUGAGGAAUUCAGGGGUUUAUUCGACUACCGUGAGCGGCUAAAAUGGUCCAAACCUGACAUCGUUGCCCGGGAAAAAAUGGAUCAAAAUAUCCUCGGUUUUCUCAGCGCCACAUGCUUCCGGGAUUAUAUACUCAAAUACCUUCAGGAGCCUAUGGAAGCCCCCCAGCUCGAAUACAAGCGCCCAGUCAACAAAGAAUUAUGCUGCAACAGUUGUAACCAAUCCCUUGGUCGAAUCGCUCCGUUGCCCCCUCGCCAACAGGGCGAAAAUAAACCUCAAGCCGGCUCUUUUUCCGGCAUUGCGCUGUAUAAGGCCCGAGGUAAAAAGGAGCUUCCUUUUACUAACUGGGAGGGCCUGGUUACAAAGGUUCCGGCGCUCAACGACUGGGAGCACCAGGACGAACACGGGGAGCAACUAGUGAUGUUUUGUGACGAGCCUGAAUCUGUUGAUAAGAUUCAUGAGAUUUGGGGUGCUCAAAAGAAGAAGAAAGCAGACCUUCGUAUGGCCUCAAGGGCUUCAGAAGCCAGCAUUUCCCCUGAUGCCUCACAUCAAAAUGCGGCUCCGGGUGGGCCAAAAGGGAGCCCCUGA